UAUUGGGUGAAUAUCCUUACGGAUGAUGCCAUUUCACAAGGGCAUGCGGUUGAGAGUGCUGCGAAUAGUUCUCCUUAAUCCACACCCCGAAACCCUGCACUUAUACGGGCGUUCGUCCCCAGUCCAGAGGUCAUGCAACGCGCGUGGUAUUGCAGCAAAGAAUGUCAAAAGGGCGAUUGGAAGACGUGGCAUAAAGAUCUCUGCAAGGCUUUCAAAGAAGCGAACGAAACGGAUAAAGCCAUGCGCCUUGACUCGCUAGCUACGCGCAAGGAAGGUGUGUUAACUCGCGAAAUAUGCGCGAACCUGUUCUCGAAUCCCACUGCCGACCGUGAAUAUGGAACGUUGCCUGUACAGUUGAUCACGUCCGUCCUUCAUCUUCCCAAUUGAUCUGACCCUGGAUCCUCCCUGCGAGGAGAUCAAAUGCACUGUCUGCUUGUGCACGCCAUUCCAGAGCCCGACUACGAGUUAUAACAGCAUGACU